AUGUCUAUCCCUAUGAACCGCCUGGGCGGCCGCGCCUUCAGCCACGCCGACAACGACGACGACGAUACGGAACGCGAGUACGAUCGCCUCCGUGACCUCGCCCGCGAGGAAGCCAACAAACGCAAUCAGGCCUUUGAGCGCUCUCAACAAGCAUACCAGUCGGGCGAUGGCGCGGCCGCCAAGGAGCUCUCCAACGAGGGCAAGCGCCACGCGCAAAAGAUGGAGGACUACAACCGCCAGGCGUCCGAGUUUAUCUUCCGGGAGAACAACGCCGCCGGCCGUGUGACGGGCAGCUGCGUCGAUCUGCACGGGCAGUACGUCGAGGAGGCGGAGCGCAUCCUCGAGGAGCGCAUCCGCGCCGACCGGGCGCGGGGCCAGGAACACUUGCACGCCAUCGUCGGCAAGGGAAACCACUCGACGGGCCACGUGCAGAAGUUGAAGCCGAGGAUCGAGGCCAUUUGCCGCGAGAUGGGACUCAAGUACUCGACCGAGGAGAACGCCGGCCGGAUCUACAUCAACCUCCAGGGCGGGGAUGCAACGAUGCCGCCGCCGCCUCACACUGGUGGUGGACAGCAACACCACGGAGGCGGCCAGCAGCAGCAUCAUGGCGGCCAGCAACAGCACCAUGGCGGUCAGAACCAGCAGCACGGCGGGCAGACCCACGGUGGACAACAGCAGCACCACGGCGGCCAGAACCAGCAGCAAAACCAGGACGAGACUGGCGACUUGGUCGUCAAGAUUCUCAAGAAGCUGGAGAAGGCUUGCUGUAUCGUCAUCCUUACCAAGACCGAGGAGGCCCAGCUCCAGCAGAGACUUCAGAAGCGCCAGGUCAAGGAAUUCAUGAACCUCUUUGGCAACCUCGUCGACCACUGCUUCACCUCGUGCAUCGACGACUUCACCUCAAAGUCCCUCUCCUCCCGCGAGACCGGCUGCAUCACCCGCUGCAUCCAGAAGCAGAUGUUCUCCCAGCAGCGCCUCAGCGAGCGCUUCCAGGAGCACAACGCCCAGAUGACGGCCCAGAUGCAGGGACAGUAA